GUGUGAUCCCGCGGCCGCCGGGGAGGCCGGCAAGCCGGCGCUGAAGCGGCGACGGCGGGAGUCGCUGUUGAGGCGGCCGCGCGCGCGGGGAGCGUCGGCGCUGCUCCGCGGGGCCGAGCCAGACUGGCCGCUGCUGGCGCCUGGCGGUGAGGGCGGACUCCCGGGGCGGGCGGAAUGGCCCCCACCUAGUGCGGUGGGAGAAGCGGCUGAGCCCAGGAUGCUGGGGAGGCGGCGCGGCGGCUCGUCUCUCACGCCAGAUGUUGAUCAUCUUUCUGAAGUAGAAUCUCCAUGGCCUGAACAUUUUCUGAAAAUCAUUCUGUGCAAAAUAUCUGUUUAAUAACAAGAUAACCACAUCAAGAUGGUUGGAAAACUGAAGCAGAACUUACUAUUGGCAUGUCUGGUGAUUAGUUCUGUGACUGUGUUUUACUUGGGCCAACAUGCUAUGGAAUGCCAUCACCGAAUAGAGGAACGUAGCCAGCCCCUCAGAUUGGAGAUCGCAAAGACCACUGUGCGAACUGGCUUGGACAUCAAAGCCAACAAAACCUUUGCCUAUCACAAAGAUAUGCCUUUAAUAUUUAUUGGAGGUGUGCCUCGGAGUGGAACCACACUCAUGAGGGCCAUGCUGGAUGCACAUCCUGAUAUUCGUUGUGGAGAGGAAACCAGGGUCAUUCCUCGAAUCCUGGCCCUGAAGCAGAUGUGGUCACGGUCGAGUAAAGAGAAAAUACGCUUGGAUGAGGCUGGUGUCACCGAUGAAGUGCUGGAUUCUGCCAUGCAAGCCUUCUUACUAGAAAUCAUAGUUAAACAUGGGGAGCCAGCCCCUUAUUUAUGUAAUAAAGAUCCUUUUGCCCUGAAAUCUUUAACUUACCUUGCUAGGUUAUUCCCCAAUGCCAAAUUUCUCCUGAUGGUCCGAGAUGGUCGGGCAUCAGUACAUUCAAUGAUUUCUCGAAAAGUUACUAUAGCUGGGUUUGACCUGAACAGCUAUAGAGACUGUUUAACCAAGUGGAAUCGUGCCAUAGAGACCAUGUAUAACCAAUGUAUGGAGGUUGGCUAUAAAAAAUGCAUGUUAAUUCACUAUGAACAGCUUGUCUUACAUCCCGAACGGUGGAUGAGAACACUCUUAAAGUUCCUCCAUAUUCCGUGGAACCACUCAGUAUUGCACCAUGAAGAGAUGAUUGGGAAAGUUGGGGGAGUAUCUCUGUCAAAAGUGGAGAGAUCUACAGACCAAGUCAUCCAGCCAGUCAAUGUGGGAGCGCUGUCAAAAUGGGUGGGGAAGAUACCUCCAGAUGUUUUACAAGACAUGGCAGUGAUCGCACCCAUGCUUGCCAAGCUUGGAUAUGACCCGUACGCCAAUCCACCUAACUAUGGGAAACCUGAUCCCAAAAUCCUUGAAAACACUAGAAGGGUCUAUAAAGGAGAAUUUCAGCUACCUGAAUUUCUUAAAGAAAAACCUCAGACUGAGCAAGUGGAGUAGCUGAGCCAAGAACCUCUGUAUACAUGAGGAAGACAGCUGCUGC